GAACCAAUCCGCUGGAUAAAAGUCCUCAUCGGUUUGACAGCAACAGAGUGGACCUGUCUUCUUCUCUGGAGUGUGGAGUUAUUUCAAUUCAACAUCCUCCGCAUCCGCUUUUUAAAGCUUGUUCAGUUAACUAUUUCAUUUAACUCAGGCUCAUUGUAAUCAAUCAUGGCUGCCUAUAAAUUAGUGCUGAUCCGCCACGGAGAGAGCAACUGGAACCAGGAGAAUCGGUUCUGCGGCUGGUUCGACGCAGAUUUGAGCGAAACCGGGGAAAAGGAGGCGAAGAGAGGCGGACAGGCCCUGAAAGAUGCUGGCUUUGAGUUUGACAUCUGCUACACCUCUGUGCUGAAGCGGGCCAUCAGGACACUGUGGCUGGUCCUGGACGGCAUUGACCAGAUGUGGGUGCCAGUGUACCGGACCUGGCGUCUCAAUGAGCGCCACUACGGAGGCCUGACAGGGCUAAACAAGGCGGAGACGGCCGCCAAGCACGGAGAGGCUCAGGUGAAGAUCUGGAGACGCUCGUUUGAUAUCCCUCCUCCCUCCAUGGGCCCAGACCAUGACUACUAUACUAUCAUUAGCAAGGAUCGUCGCUAUGCAGACCUGACUGAGGACCAGCUUCCUUCCUGUGAAAGCCUGAAGGACACCAUUGCACGGGCACUGCCGUACUGGAACGAGGAGAUCGCCCCUCAGAUCAAACAGGGAAAGAGGGUGCUCAUCGCUGCCCAUGGAAACAGUCUGAGGGGGAUUGUUAAGCACCUAGAGGGAAUGUCGGAUGAAGCCAUCAUGGAACUGAACCUGCCAACAGGAAUCCCCAUCCUCUACGAGCUCGACAAGAACCUGAAGCCCUUGAAGCCGAUGCAGUUCCUGGGAGACGAGGAGACUGUACGCAAAGCAAUGGAGGCUGUGGCUGCUCAGGGAAAGGCCAAGAAGUAAAGCAACAGAAAAGCCCUCUAUGUGUAUGACAGUGUAGGUUGUUCCUAACAGUUGGCCUCAGAUUAGUGUUUUUCCUAAAUCCUAAUUUAUUUUGGAUUGUAAUGCGUGAAGAGUACACUGUAGAUUGCUGUCAAAGGCAACCUCACUCUACUUGCACAGUACAGGGAUAGUAGAGGGGGGAACAAUUGGGAUACAUUAGGACCAGGGGAGCCACAGCUCUCAAGAGAUUGUAAAUAAUUUUAGCUAAAAUGGUCCAAUAAUAUCCCAACUUUUGAGAAGGUAUCAAUCAACUGAAAGGGAUAAUAUUAUUGAUAAAGGCAGGUUUCACCUUCUUAUCCUGUACUUGAAUAUUUAAGUAAUAGUCCCUUUUAAUAGUUAAAACAUUGCCACUUAAAACAAAUAAUAUAGUUUUUGUUUUGCGAAAGAAAAAAGUCUUAGCUAUGCUGUCCACUGCCUGGGAUGUUAACUUCCAGGCUGUGGUCUCUCUGCCACAGUCUGUUAUACAAUGUCAGGCUACUCUAUUUGUCUUGGUGCUACACACACACAUCUAACACAGUGCAGACAAUUAAUGGAGACAGGAUUCCUCUUGUUGUGGCCUCUGUUUGCCCAUGUUUAUACUGUAUGUCUAUGUGAAAUACUGUUUUUCAAAUGCACUGGUGGUAGUAGGGAAGUUAUGUGUGUCUGAUCAUACUGACUUCAUUAUGACAUGUUGUAGUCUAUUAAAUGGACCCCUGCAGUGGAUAUUUUCUGUCUCACUUUUCAGAACUGAUGCAUUCCACUGAUAAAAGAUGUAAUUUUGCAAUCUCUUGAGAGCAGUUAGGACAGUUUAACAGUCCUUUUCUCUUACUUUCUCUGUCUAUGAAUGGUAUUUGUGCAGUGUCCUCGUAUGUUGUAUAUGUCUGUGUUGUGUCUGACAAUUUGUAUUUUUCUCUUUAUGCAACAUCGCGUUUCGUUUUAAAUUUGAACAUUACCAAACACUGUAUUGCUGUCAGUAUUGCAAGUGAUUAAUCCAUUAUUUGGAUUGUAGUCCUCCAGUUUCACAGUAGACUACUGUUGUGAAGCACGAUUAAUCAAAGAUAAAAGGUCUGAAUUUAACCAUUCUCUUUGUUACUCUGUAUGAUUGCCUUUGGUCUGUCUUUGCCUCUUGGUGUCUUAGUAUUUAUGUGCCUCCAGCUCCUGUUUCUACUCUGAAUGCCUCCAGCUGGCCUCACAGUUGGGAUUUGGUUUGAAAUAUCCCAUUAUGUCUUACAGUACUGCCAUGUUUCUUUUUUUAAAUGUAAUUCCCUCUGCAUUGGUUAAAUGUACCCUGAAACCUGUAAUACAUGUACAACUAUGUUCAAA